AUGAGAGAAGAAGAAGAAGAAGAUCGGAUAGUCACACUGGUCCAGGUGGCGUCUCGUCGCUACGCCGAGUACGAGGAGGAGCUGUAUCGUUCAAAAGAGGAGAACGAGAAACUCCAGAAACUACUGGACGCUGUUUUACAGCCUCAGCUUCGGAUACACAGAGCAGACGUCCAGCAGCUGGUGGUGGUUAAAGAAGAGGUUCUCCCUGACCAGCAGGAGUGGAGCACCAGUCUGGACCAGGAGGACCCAGAGCCCCCGCCACACAUUAAGCAGGAACAGGAGGAACUCAGGAUCAAUCAGGAGGGAGAGCCGCUUCAGGAGCUGGAGGAGGCUGAUAUCACCAAGUCCACUUUCACUCCUGACCCUGUGAAGAGUGAAGAUGAUGAAGAUAAACCUCAGUCCUCACAGCCUCGUCAAAGACAAACUGAACACAUGGAAACAGAAGCUGAUGGAGAUGACUGUCGAGGACCAGAACCAGCAAGGAACUCAGAUCCAGAGAGCAGUUUACAACCAAAGACUGAGGACGACACUGAAGACUCUUCUGAACCUGACACUGAAGACAGUGCUGAUUGGAAGGAGACCAGAGAACCUGCAUCAGGCUCAAACUCACUGAAAAAUAGACAUGAAUCUGUCUGUGAUCCACGACGUAGUGUUGAAAAGAAACCAUUCAGCUGCUCAGUCUGUAAGAAAGCUUUUUCACAGAGUGGACAUUUAAAAAGACACAUGAGAGUUCACACAGGAGAGAAACCCUUUCGCUGCUCAGUUUGUGAGAAAGCUUUUUCAGAGAGUGGAAUUUUAAAGGCACACAUGAGAGUCCACACAGGAGAGAAAUCACACAGCUGCUCAGUCUGUAAAGAAGCUUUUUCACUGAGUGGAAAUUUAAAGGCACACAUGAGAGUCCACACAGGAGAAAAACCAUACAGAUGCUCAGUCUGUAAGGAAGCUUUUUCACAGAGUGGAAGUUUAAAGGCACACAUGAGAGUCCACACAGGAGAGAAACCAUACAGAUGCUCAGUAUGUAAGGAAGCUUUUUCACAGAGUGGAAGUUUAAAGGCACACAUGAGAGUCCACACAGGAGAGAAACCAUACAGAUGCUCAGUCUGUAAGGAAGCUUUUUCACAGAGUGGAAGUUUAAAGGCACAUAUGAGAGUCCACACAGGAGAG